AUGAAUGAACCCAUCAUUGAGGUUAGGGAAGAUUUCAUGCUUUCACCAGCUGGUGACAGUAAACCAACUUUAAGAACAGCCCAUUUUCUCAAACCUAUUGCAAACACCAUUGAAGAACCAGCUUAUGAGUUUAACCCAUUUUCAUCAUUUUCUUCUGUUUUUGACCCAAAUCAAUGGCCUCUGAAAAUCCAUUUCAAUGGCUGGCGACACCAACACACCAAAUGGCUUAGGUGGGUUGAUCAACUUCAACUGAGAUUUGAAACAUUAUGGAAGAAAGUUGGCAUCUUUGAAGCUAUAAUGAACACCAAGUGUCGCAUUAUGAGGGAUCAAAACUUGCUAUUUGGGGUUGUUGAGAAGUGGUGUUGUGAAACAAAUACCUUUGUAUUUCCCUUUGGUGAGGCAACAAUUACUUUGGAGGAUGUUAUGGUUUUGGGGGGUUACCCUAUUCUUGGUGAUCCUGUUUUCACUUCACUUGAAGACCGUGAAAUGAGAGAGGUGGAAAAGAAAUUGAUCCUUGCAAGAAAGGAGCUUACUACUAAUGAGAAAACAAGAGGUGAUGCGAGAACAUCAUUGUGGAUGGAUAUAUUCAUUGAUAGAGGUAGUGAAAUUGAACAUGAAGCAUUUCUUGUUACUUGGUUGUCAUUUUUUGUUUUUCCUCAUAAAAGAAAUAAUGUGAAAAGUUGUUUGUUUCCUAUUGCUGUUCAUCUUGCUAGAGGAAAUCCUAUUGCUUUAGCACCGGCUGUUUUGGCUAGCUUAUAUAAGGAUUUAAGUUUUUUUAAGAAAACAAUUGUUGAUUUGUCAAAAUAUCCUGUUGGUGCUGAUAGGUUUCCUUUAGAAGUUACUAUUCUUCAAUCACCCUUUUAUUUGGUUCAAGUUUGGGUGUGGGAGAGGUUCAAAAAUUUACAACCGCAACCCAUGUUGAUCAACUAUGCAGACCCUUUAUUGUUUAGGUGGAAUAAGAUUCAGGCCUUGAAAAUUGAGAAUGUUAAGUUGGCACUAGACUCAGCUAUCGAUGAUUUUCUUUGGCGUCCGUAUGUUAGAUAUUCUGAUAAAUAUAGGAUGUUUUAUCCAAAUGAUGAAAUUUGGGUACCAUUUAAGAAAGAUUUGGAUAAAGAAAUGUUAUCAUUUUUUACAUGCUUGAGAGUAUCAGAGCUUGUUGGAUUUGACUCUAUAGAGCAAUAUCUUCCACAUAGAGUUGCAAUGCAAUUUGGAAUUGAUCAAGAUGUUCCAGGUGUUGCGCCUAUGGUCAAUGAGACUAAAGAGAUUGCUUGGAAAAACCACUGCAGAUCCAUAUCUGAUAAAAGUUUGUAUUUUCCAUCGAGAUUUUUUGAGGCUGAUGUUACAACCCGUUAUUCAAGGUGGUGGAAGCAAUCGGUAUUAGGUCGCAGCGAUUUUGUCAAGAAAAUUGUGCAGCGGAAGAGAAGUGAAAGUUCAAGGAAACAUAGAGCUCAUGUAGGAAAAGCUAACAGAAGGGGUAAUGAUGUUGGUGUUCCACCUGGAUUUCGUCCUCAUCUUGUUGACACUCUUAUUUUUGGAAGUUUUUGUGAUGAUGUUCCAGCUGAAAUUUCUGCUAAUGAUUGUGUGAAAGCUGAUGAAAAUAUUGGUGCUUCUUCCGUAUUAGUUGAGGAUUGUAAGCCUUUGUUGAAAGAGUACAAAUGUGGUGGCAUAAUCAACCAAAGUUCUUCAGCGUCUUUAGAAUGUUAUAAAAAGAUAUUACCACAGAAAAGGACAACUUUAAAAGACAACAUUGAACAUUCAAUAAGGGGCUUGGAGGAAGAUUUUGAAAAUGAAAACCAGAGAAAAGGUGCAAGAUUGUCCAGUGACAGAAUCUGUUUGUCUGAGACUCAAAGUGAAAAUCAAAGCUUUUCUAUCAGAGAAAAAGCCUCUUCAACAAACAAAGUUAGUGUUGCACAGUACGAUCUUCAAGAAGAAGCUAAAGAAACUCUUGAAGAAAAAGAAAGAGAAGAAAGUGAUCAUGAAGUUUUGGUUUUGUUAAAAGAGCAAUACUUGAAGAACCAAGAGGAACUCGGGCGUCUGGCAAGACAACAAGAAGAGAUCUUACGGUUAUUUGCUUUGAGAGAGAAGAGGGAUGAAGAGUUGAGGCAACUCCUCACUAGUGUUCUAAAGAACCAACAACCACCAUCAUCUUCUUAA